AUGAGCUCGGCUUGUUCGACACCAAGCCCUCAGGAGGCCCUCAUUGUUGAUAGCCAUGCUCAGCCCGUGCGGUUGUUCCGUAACCGCUACCAUCAUCGCCUUCAACGCAGCUGCUCACCUUCCACCAGACUACCACAAGCGAAUGCGUCAACCAACGACAGUUCGAGGCCCAGUAUCCGCUCCAACAUCCCCUGGUCGGAGGAAGGCAUGGGCUGCUGGAGUGAUGCUGCCACGGCCAGCACGGUGCUGUCCUUACUCCACAAAGAGCCGUUAAUGCCGCCGCCGCCGCCGACGCGCAGCUCAAGUUCAGAAAGCAUUCAAACCGCUUCAAAACGAAACCGCUUGACGUGCACUGUCUGCUUCGGGCACCUGGACGACGGAUGCUUUCCAGACUCGCCCAUCGCAGCUGCCUGUGACCAUUCGGGGAUACCUGAGUCGCAUAUCUGUGUGGCAUGCCUCCGACGGAGCCUGGGCGUCCAAGUCACGUCGUCAAGCACAUGUGCAGUGACAUGUCCUCUUUGCUGCGCGCAACUUUCCGACGAAGAAGUCCACCAUUGGGCGAGUCCACAGACCUUUCGGGCUUACGAUCGCAUGCGCACCUGGCAGGUCCUGGAGGAAAAUGCAGAGUUUGUCACAUGUAUCCGGCCGGACUGUGGAUAUGGACAGCUUCAUGCGGAUGGGCUGGAGGACCCGAUUGUUGUAUGUGGCUCAUGUGGGACCCGGACAUGCUUUAUUCACCGGAACACUGCGUGGCAUGAAGGCUUGACGUGCGCGGAGUAUGAAGAAACGAGUCGAGCUAGAGUACCAGAUGUCCCACGCAGGAGCGUGCGUCGCCGAGAGAUACUAGAGGAAGCGCCGCGCGUGCCUGGACUAAGGCGCGGCUGGGUCAAUACCACGCAGGAGGAGUACCUUAGCAUGCAGAUGAUUGCAGAGAUCGCCAAGCCUUGUCCAUACUGCAAUGCGGCCACGGAGAAGAUAGGCGGCUGUAAGCAGAUAACAUGUGGAUUUUGUCGACAAGACUGGUGCUGGGACUGUGGGAUACGAUGGCGACGAGGGCAUAUGGAUGAUGACUGCUCCUUGGUGUCACCCAUAGGACGCUGA